UGGAAUCAUUGUAGCUAUUCUUCUUUGGUUCUUCAUCGUUAGCUAAAUUCAAUGACCCUUUGGGGUCCGCCCUAGAGAGAGAAAGAGGAGAGAGAGAGAGAGAGAGAGAGAGACUUUUUUGAGACGACUGAUCCAAAGCUUUGAUUUCCAUUUCUGGGAUUUCAGUGUUCAUACCAAUAUCUUGAUUUUCUCCGAUACUUGGCCAUUAACUUAGAGUUUUUCGCUUUAGAUUUCUCCUUUUCUUUCUCCAUCUCUCACUUUUCUAUCAUUUUCACACUGAUCUUCCGGGAAAAUGUUGUGACUUUCCCGAGAAAAAACCUCAUUCACAACUCCUCAUCCCUUCUUUUACUGGCAGAUCUUCAGUCCUCUGUUCUUAGUUCAAGAGCUUGAUCUGAUUUCACCUGCCUGAUCGACCUUAAAUCCUCGUUUACAGCCAUAAACACAUGACAAUUGAUAUAUAAUCGAAGGGGCGUCGAGAUUUGAUAUCAUUUUCGUGUAGAAUGUCGUUUCGAAGCAUUGUUCGUGAUGUUAGGGAUAGUAUUGGGAGCUUAUCUAGACGAGGUUUCGAGGCUAGGUUGAGUAGUCAUCAUAGAGAGAAGUCGAAUGCGUCGUCGUUAAAUGAUGUUCAUGAUCAGCCUCCUGUUGUUCAGAAUGGCUGCUGGGCUAAUCUUCCACCUGAGCUGUUGUAUGAUGUCGUUCGAAGACUUGAAGAGAGUGAAUGUACAUGGCCUUCUCGAAAGAACGUCGUGGCCUGCGCUGCGGUGUGUCGUUCUUGGAGAAUUAUGUGUAUGGAGAUCGUUAAAGGCCCGGAAGUUUGUGGGAAGCUUACGUUUCCUGUGUCACUGAAGCAGCCCGGACCGCGCGAUGGAUCUGUACAAUGCUUCAUUAAGAGGGACAAAUCGAACCUAGCAUACCAUCUCUACUUGUGUCUUAGCCCUGCUCUUCUGGUUGAAAACGGGAAGUUUCUUCUCUCUGCUAAGCGUACACGAAGAACAACUAGCACGGAGUAUAUUAUCUCGAUGGAUGCAGAAAACAUUUCGAGAUCGAGUAGCUCGUACAUCGGAAAGCUGAGGUCGAAUUUUCUUGGAACGAAAUUCAUUGUCUAUGAUACUCAACCUCCAUACACCGCUGCCCCACUCCCUCUUCCAGGGAAAACUAGCCGUAGAUUCUAUUCGAAAAAAGUGUCGCCGAAAGUCCCGACUGGGAGUUACAACAUAGCUCAUAUAAGUUAUGAACUAAACGUCUUAGGCACACGGGGACCCCGGAGAAUGCACUGUAUAAUGCAUUCGAUACCAGUGUCUUCCCUCGAUGCAGGGGGCGUUGUUCCAGGCCAACCUGAGCUCCUCCCUCCGAAGUCUCUCGACGAUUCGUUUCGGAGUGCGUCAUUCUCAAAAGCCUUGGAUCAUUCCAUGGAGUUUAGUAGUGCUAGAUUCUCCGAAAUUGGGCGGGCAGCAUUGGAUGGCGAUGAGGAGGGAAAGAUGAGACCUUUGGUACUAAAAAACAAGCCGCCGAGAUGGCACGAGCAGCUACAAUGUUGGUGCCUGAACUUUCGUGGGCGGGUAACGGUUGCGUCGGUUAAGAAUUUUCAGUUGAUUGCAGCAAUACAACCAGGUGCUGGCGCUCCAACCCCGUCUCAACCAGGGCCACCGGAGCACGACAAGAUCAUUCUUCAGUUCGGGAAGGUCGGGAAAGACAUGUUCACGAUGGAUUAUCGAUAUCCGCUGUCUGCUUUUCAGGCUUUUGCAAUAUGCUUGAGUAGCUUUGAUACCAAAUUGGCUUGUGAAUAAAGAAAAUGUAUCAAAAGGUUAAUGCAUAUGAUGAGCAGAACAAAAGUAAGAGCAGCUCCCUACCUUACCUUUUAUGC